CUAUUGGUGUUUAUUUGCAGAAACUUACUCCUCCCACUUUAUCAAAGGAACCUGAAGUUAAAAACAUGGAGCCAAAUGAACGUGUGUUUGAAGAAAUUGAAAUCCAUGACGAAAAUCAAGUGAGUUAUGAUCAAAUGAACUCAAUAUUGGUGGAGCCAUGGGGGAGUAACAUUGGUGGAUCUGAAUGGAAUUACAAGCUAAACAGUCCCAUUAAAGAAAUAUUGAUUGCUCAUGGCGAGUUUAUACACUCCAUCAUGUUCAGAACCAUUAACGAAAAGGGUACUACCAACGACUCACCAAUAUUUGGUGGGGAUGGAGGUCGAAGAGACAAGGUUGCUAUUGAGGCAAUUCCAUUGGAAUAUUUAACAGGCAUCAAGGGGACAUUUAGACGUUGUGGUAUCCGUUUGGUUAUAAACUCUCUAUGUUUUAUAACUAAUGUAAAGAAUUAUGGACCAUUUGGGUCCGAGGAUGGUGGAAUACCAUUUUCAGUUGUGAUGAAAGAAGGUGGAGCUAUUGUAGGAUUUCACGGGCGUUGUGGAGCAUACCUUGAUGCUAUUGGUGUUUAUUUGCAGAAACUUACUCCCCCUGCUUCGGCAAUGGAACCUGAAGAUGAAACAAUUGAACCAAAUGAACCUAAGGAAAAUCAAGUGAGUUACGAUCUAGCAGACUCAAUAUUGGUGGGGCCAUGGGGAGGCAAUGCUGGUGGAUCAAAAUGGAAUUAUAAGUUGAAAAAUCCCAUUAAAGAAAUAUUGAUUGCUCACGGAGAUGUUAUAGACUCCAUCAUGUUCAGAACCGUUACCGAACAAGGUACUACUAAAGACUCACCAAAGUUUGGUGGGAAUGGAGGUGGAAUAAAUAAGGUUAUUUUUGAGGAAAAUCCAUUGGAACAUUUAACGAGCAUCAAGGGUACAUUAGGACGUUUCAAUGGCCAUUUGGUUGUAAAAUCUCUAUGUUUUACAACUAAUGCAAAGAAUUAUGGACCAUUUGGGUCUGAGAAUGGUGGAACACUAUUUUCAGUUGUGAUUAAAGAAGGCGGAGCUAUUGUGGGAUUUCACGGGCAUUGUGGAGAGUACCUUAAUGCUAUUGGUAUUUAUUUGCAGAAACCUACUCCCCCUGCUUUGGCACAGAAACCUGAAGAUGAAGCAAUUGAGCCAAAUGAACCUAUGGUUGAAGAAAUAAUUGAAAUCCAUGACGGAUCAGGAUCAACUGAUCAUAGGAAAGGGAAAAUAACAAAAAGUGAAAGUGAAUUGCCAACAAUGGGAAAUCAAGUGAGUUACGAUCGAGCGGGCUCGAUAUUGGUGGGGCCAUGGGGAGGCUAUACUGAUGGAUCAGAAUGGAAUUACAAGUUGAAAAGUCCUAUUAAAGAAAUAUUGAUUGCUCACGGAGAUGUUAUAAACUCCAUCAUGUUCAGAACCGUUGCCGAACAAGGUACUACAAAAGACUCACCAAAGUUUGGUGGGAAUGGAGGUCGAAUAAAUAAG